GACAGGGAUGCAUGGGCGCUGAGUGUGAGAGAUGGAUCCUUGACAUGGACGAUCCAUCCGCUUUGAAGCAUGGAACAGCUCACAAGGGCUGCCCGUUGAUCCAUGAGCAUUCCGUGUUGGGGGGACGCAACAACUUCAGCGCUGGGGUUGCAUUAGCGGCUAGGCUGAGGUAGGGUCAUUGGAAAGGUGGGCAAGGCGCGCGGUAGCUGCACGAGACGUCCAUGUCGUCACUCCGUUCUGACAGCAGAGACAAGAGAGUAGAUUCCGCCGACGAGAUGGAGGAAGAUGCUUCAGAGGAUGAAGUUGAGAGCCCAGGGCAAGACAGGUCACAGUCUGGGAACCACCAGAGAGACAGGAGGAGGAACGGGUGCUCGAGAACGCUCAAGGGACUGAGCGGGCUGCCCAACCUUGGGAACACGUGCUACCUGAACGCUCCUGUCCAAGUGCUCGUCCAUACCCCCUCCUUCGCCGGGUUCUUCGUCGACUGCGCGGACUUCAUCCCCCCGCGGCUCGAGGUGGGGAAUUCGCGGGCGAUCACGCAGAGGAGGAUGGUUCACAGCCUUGCAGACAUCGUGUACCAGGUGUGGGAUGAAGGGCUGAAGGUAGCGUCUCCUCACAACUUCGUCCGCGACGUCCUCGACUUGAACCCGGACUACCGGGGGCUAGGACAGCAGGACGCUCAGGAGUUUCUGCGCAGGACCCUUGACGUUCUGCAUGAGGAGCUACAGGAAUCAACGCCGUCGCCGGAGAACGGGAACGCUGAGUCGAAGAGUAAAGAGACACACAGGCAUGAGAAGAGGCUGCACAACAGCAUCGUCCUUGACAUCUUUGCUGGGGUUCUGAUCAGCGAGGUCAAGUGCAACCACUGCGGGAAGGUAUCAGUGACGGAGGAGCCGGUUCUCGAUCAGAGCAUUUCCAUCCCAAGCAAGAAGGCCCGGCAAAGGUUACUGAGCGCGCACAAGAACUAUCGGGCGAGUGACUGUUUGUUGCAGUACUAUGAGCCAGAGCACUUGACGGGGAAUGACAAGUACAAAUGUGAACACUGCGAUCAGUUCCGAGACUGUACAAAGAAGUUGUCUCUGCUGAAACCGCCGGAAGUUUUAACCUUGCACUUGAAGCGGUUUCGUUACGAGUCUCUGUUUGGAAACAACAUGGGAACCAAGAUCUCAGAGCACAUUCAGUUCCCCAUCAAGGGCCUUGACAUGCGCCCGUUCAUCAAGGAGAACGCAAUCUAUGAUUUGCUUGCUGUAAUUGAACACAGGGGAGCGUUGCAUGGAGGACACUAUAUCGCAUACAUUCGAAACAACUCUGACGGCAAAUGGUUUGAGUUCAACGAUUCUCAAGUCAAUACAAUCUCUGGGGCAGAUGUAAGUUGCAGAAACAUUCUCAAUUAUUCUCAUUUUCACCUCUCUCUCAUAUUCCUCUCUUUCCUGCAUACAUAG